GGCAUCAUGGCUGCCCUCAGACCCCUGGUUAAGCCCAAGAUUGUCAAAAAAAGGACCAAGAAGUUUAUCCGUCAUCAAUCAGACCGUUAUGUCAAAAUUAAGCGCAAUUGGCGAAAGCCCAGAGGCAUUGACAACAGGGUGCGGAGAAGAUUUAAGGGUCAGAUCUUGAUGCCCAAUAUUGGUUAUGGGAGCAACAAGAAAACAAAGCACAUGCUGCCUAGUGGCUUCCGCAAGUUCCUGGUCCACAAUGUCAAGGAGCUGGAAGUGCUGCUGAUGUGCAACAAAUCUUACUGUGCUGAGAUCGCACACAAUGUUUCCUCCAAGAACCGCAAAGCCAUCGUGGAAAGAGCAGCCCAACUGGCCAUCAGAGUCACCAAUCCCAAUGCAAGGCUGCGUAGUGAAGAAAAUGAAUAGACAGCUCAUUUAUAAGUUUUAUUUGUGCUAAAUAAAACCAUAAAACCUCUGCCA